CGCCGUCUCCGGGCUCUCACCUCAUCCCCGCUAGAGGUCUUGGCGAUGGGACCCCGUUCCAGCUCCGGCUUCUUCGUGAGCCGCGCGGUGGCCCUGCUGCUGGCCGCGCUGGCGGCCGCGCUCCUGUUGGCGCUGGCCGUGCUCGCCGCCCUGUACGGCCACUGCGCGCGCGUCGCGCCGGCCGAAGCUUUCACCGCUGCGGGGUCCCAAGACGCCAGGAAGUCCAACUCUACUCUUGAGCCGGAGGUGACGGUCACCCCGGACGUGUGGCGACCGGGGCCCUGGGACCAGCUGCGCCUGCCGCCCUGGCUCGUGCCGCUGCACUACGAGCUGGAGCUGUGGCCCCGGCUGCGGCCAGACGAGCUCUCCCCUCCAGCGCUGCGCUUCACCGGCCGCGUCAACAUCACGGUGCGCUGCACCCAGGCCACCGCGCGGCUGCUGCUCCACAGCCUCUUCCUGCGCUGUGACCGCGCCGAGGUGAGGGGCCCUCUGUCCCCGGGAGCUGGAGACGCCACCGUGGGCCGCGUGCCGGUGGACAAGGUGUGGCUCGCGGAGGACAUGCAGUACAUGGUGCUGGAGCUCCGCGAGGCCCUGCAGCCCGGGAGCCUCUAUGAGCUGCAGCUCAGCUUUUCGGGCCCCGUGUACCAGGACUUUAGGGAGGGACUCUUCAUCAACCUCUACACGGACCAGGGUGAGCGCAGGGCCCUGUUAGCAUCUCAGAUGGAACCAACAUUUGCCAGGAAUGUUUUCCCUUGUUUUGAUGAACCAGCUCUGAAAGCCUUUUAAUAUUACAAUUUUCAUCAUCCGAGUUAUGUGGCUCUCUCCAACAUGCCAAAGCUACGUCAGUCUGAAAAAGAUGUGAAUGGAAGCAAAUGGACAGUUACCACCUUUCAUACCACACCCCGCAUGCCAACUUAUUUAGCUGCAUUUGUCAUAUGUGACUAUGACCAUGUCAACAGAACUGAAAGGGGCAAGGAGAUACGCAUCUGGGCUCGGAAAGACGCCAUUGCAAAUGGAAAUGCAGACUUUGCUUUGAACAUCACAGGCCCCAUCUUCUCUUUUCUGGAAGAUUUAUUUAAUAUUAGUUACCCUCUUCCAAAAACAGAUAUGAUUGCCUUACCUACUUUUGACAGCCGUGCAAUGGAAAAUUGGGGAUUACUGAUAUUUGAUGAGUCAUUAUUGUUGCUGAAACCAGAUGAGCAACUAACAGAAAAAAAGACGGUGAUCUCUCACAUUGUCUCCCACGAGAUUGGGCAUCAGUGGUUUGGAAACUUGGUUACCAUGAGUUGGUGGAACAAUAUCUGGCUCAAUGAAGGAUUUGCAUCUCAUUUUGAGUUUGGAGUAGUUAAUUACUUCAAUCCUAAACUCUCAGGAAAUGAAGUGUUUUUUUCUAACCUUUUACAUGAUGUUCUCAGAGAAGAUCACUCCCUGGUGUCACGAGCUGUAUCCAUGAAGGUGGAAAAUUUCACAGAAAUUAAUGAAAUAAGUGAGCUCUUUGACAUAUUUACUUACAAUAAGGGAGCGUCUAUGGUCCGGAUGCUUUCUAGUUUCCUGAGUGAGAAUUUAUUUAUCAGCGCACUUAAGUCAUAUUUGGAGACAUUUUCUUACUCGAAUGCUAAGCAAGAUGAUCUCUGGAGGCAUUUUCAAAUGGCCAUAGAUGACCAGAAUAAAAUUGUAUUGCCAGCAACAGUAAAAAGUAUAAUGGACAGUUGGACCUACCAGAGUGGUUUUCCAGUUAUCACCUUAAAUGUAUCUACUGGCGUCAUGAAACAGGAGCCAUUUUAUCUUGGAAAGGUUAAAAAUCAGACUCUUCCAACCCACAAUGACACAUGGAUUGUACCUGUUCUUUGGAUGAAAAAUGGAACUACACAGUCUUUAGUCUGGCUAGAUAAAAGCAGCAAAUUAUUCCCUGAAAUGCAAGUUUCAAAUUUUGAUCAUGACUGGGUGAUUUUAAAUUUGAAUAUGACUGGAUAUUACAGAGUUAACUAUGAUAAAUUAGGUUGGAAGAAAUUAAAUCAACAGCUUGAAAAAGAUCACAAGGCUAUUCCUGUUAUUCACAGACUGCAGUUGAUUGAUGAUGCCUUUUCCCUGUCUAAAAACAAUUAUAUUGAGAUUGAAACAGCACUUGAUUUAACCAAGUACCUUGCUGAAGAAGAUGAAAUCAUAGUAUGGCAUACAGUCUUGGUGAACCUGCUACCCAGCAAUUUUGUUUCUGAUGUGGGCAACUAUGAUACAUACACAUUAUUAAAGAAGUAUCUAUUAAAGAGACUGACCUCAAUAUGGAAUCAUUAUUCAACUAUAAUUCGUGAAAAUGUGACAGCAUUGCAAGAUGACUAUUUAGCUUUAAUAUCGCUGGAAAAACUUUUUGCGAGUGUGUGUUUCUUGGGCCUUGAGGACUGUCUUCAGCUGUCAAGAGAACUCUUCAAAAACUGGAUGGACAAUCCAGAGAAUGAAAUACCUUAUCCAAUUAAAACUGUGAUUUUAUGUUACGGCAUUGCCUCGGGAAGUGAUAAAGAGUGGGAUUUUUUGUUAAAUAUCUACGCCAAUAACACAAAUGAAGAAGAAAGGAAUCAACUUGCUUAUGCAUUGAGCUGCAGUAAAGACCCAUGGAUACUUACCAGAUAUAUGGAAUAUGCCAUCACUACAUAUUCAUUCAAUUUUAAUGAAACAAAUAUAAUUGAAGUUGUGGCAGCAUUUGAUGUUGGCCGCUAUGUCGCAAAAGACUUUUUAGUCAACAAUUGGCAAGCUGUGAGUGAAAGGUAUGGAAUACACUCAUUGGUUACUAUAAUGUAUUUAAUAGGGAGAACCAUAAGUACAGAUUUACAGGUCAUGGAGCUGCAGCAGUUUUUCAGCCCCAUGUUGGAGGAGCACCAGAGGCUCGAAGUUCAUGCCAAAUUACAGGCAAUAAAGAACGAAAAUCUGACAAACAAAAACCAAAGUGCCAGGAUAGCUGCAUGGCUACGGAAAAACACAUAAUUUAGUGGCCACUUUUGGCAUUUCCCCUUGUAUAUUAUACUGUAGUUUGUGGACUGUUUUGUCUUCCAAUACUUUGUGAGUCUAGAAAACCACAUGUUUUGUUAUUUGUAUUUCAGUCACAUUUAUUACUCAGCAUCCUGUUCCUCCCUUGUCGUCACGCUGGCUCUGAGCUCACUGAUUGCUGAGGAGUUUUCCAGCACUGCUGUGUUUUGGGGGAAGAUUUCAUUUCAAGUUGGGCUAUAAAACCACAAAAUUUACUUUAAAUGCCUUGUAAAAAACAAAUU